AUGGCGUCCGAACUGCCUGCCACGUCCUCGGCCGCCGCCGCCCGCCCCGACGGUGACGCGUCAAACGAGCCGCUUACCUCGUCACCACGGAGCAGUGACAGUAGCAACAUCGACAAGGCCGACGACUCCCUCACCCUGUUAUCCGACGCUGGUGACCAGAGCAUGCUACGGCAUCCCAAGGGCAAGCGAAAACGGACUGCGGCCAAGGACAAGUCUAUCCUCGAGGCUGCCUACCUUGCAAAUCCAAAGCCAGACAAGACGGCGCGUCUGGACAUUGUCAGCCGGGUGUCGUUGAAUGAGAAGGAGGUUCAGAUUUGGUUCCAGAACCGGAGGCAGAAUGACCGUCGCAAGUCUCGUCCGCUUUCUCCUCAGGAAAUCGCUGCCCUCCGGUACGGUGGCAUGCACGCCCUUUCCUCCGACCCGACAACCCCGUUCGGCCACGCCUCUCUCUCCCAGCACUCGUCUUUUUCUUCGGAUGGCCGCGGUGCGUCUUCACCCCCGCACUACCAGCAGUUUACGUCCGCCUCCAUAUCUGCACCUAUGCCAUCGACGACGCCCACCUCCUCUCCCGAAAUUGGCCCGUGGAUACCCGAGGCGCUUGCCCAGCGCCAGCAACAAGAAUCUGCCGCGUCCGAAAGCGGAGCACCGAUGGCUGCUCAGAUACCAUCCGGUCCUCGCUCUUUCUCAAGCUCGAUGAGCUCUGUUGGCUAUUUGGCCAAUCGUUGGAACAUGCACAGCUCCUUUUCUACGUCGUUCUCCUCGAGUGAGGGGAACGGAUCCUCACCAAACGGCGGCCACCCCCGGAACGAGUCCGCUGAAGUUAUCGCAGGCCAGUCGCCAUCUCCUCCCCGGCGUUUGCCUCCGCCGAACCCCACUGUUGAUAUCGACCGGCGAACGGGUAGCAGCAGCAGCAACGGCAGUGACAGCCCGCUCACAUCUCUACCUGCUAUUCGCCGGUCUGGCCUCAGCCGCAGCCACUCGGCUCUGCCUAGCCUGGGCCUUACGCUCCCGCCUAUCUCUAGCCUGACGAACUCGCUAGCAAGCGGAUCGGCUCCUCCCCCUAUGCCCCAGGCCCCCCACCCGCCACGCCUGCUACGGGGUCGCUCGCGUGAUGUGCACGCUUGGGAGUCUGUUUGUGACUCGGAUACACGCGUUGACGACGAGCUCAGUGCUCACGCAGAGCAGGAGGCGAGCGGCUCGGCUAUUGCCGCAAUCAGCCUGCUGCGCUCAACUUCGUCGGUUAGCAGCUCGUCUAUGACGUUGUCCUCCUCUGUGCUCCAGCCCAACGGCCACAAGCGGAACGUAUCGUCUCGCUCAGGCAUUCCGAAACCGGGCAUGAAGCGUGCUAAGCUUGGCCGCGCCCUGAGCAGCGUUGCACGGAUGCAGAACGUUUCCAAUACUCGCGAGGAGAGCGGUAAAGACAAGAUGUGGGUCGAUGACGAGAAGAAGAAGAAACUUAAGCUCUCCACGCUGCUGUCUGGAAACGACUCCGACAAGGAAAACUGGAGCCCGGAUGAAGAAGGCCGUCCAAGUCUCGGCCAGCUGUGUGCCAAUAGCCUUGGAAGCAACGGGCGCCGGCCACUGCCAUCGUCUAGGAACGGACGCCAGCAGCGGGCCGUAUUGGGAGGCGACGGUAGCAAGGGCAGCAAACACGCCCAACUUGCAACUCGGAUGACGGGGGGCAAGGUUGCCGAAUUUGAUGCUGCUGACAUUUACGAAGACGCAUCUGGGCGAUCACCACCGAAGCGCGCCCAGUUGUCCCGGGCAGCCACUCUCUCUGCUCCGGAUGACGUCGAGCGUUUUAUGCGCGGUGCUCAGGUUAGCCCGAGCAAGAAGGGCGACAUGGACUGCAUUGCUGGUCUGCUUUCACUCUCGCAGGGUAACUGGCGCUGA